AUGAAGAAGUUGAUGGACGUGAAGCUUGAUCCAGAUCUCGAGGCAUUUAUUGAUAAGAAGGAAGAGGGACUACAGAACAAGAAAGACAAGAAGAGGAAGCUGGAUAAAGAAUUCUAUUGCGAGCUAUGCGUUUCACAAUCAUUUCAACAAGAGGAGGAUCUCGUUACGGAUAUGCGUGUGGAGCAUGAUAUCAGCCAAGCUCAAGAGGUGGAGCGAGUGGAGGAUCAUAAGGUGGAGCAACCAACAUCAUCUUCUAAUGCUGGUGCAGCCACUUCCGCUGAUAGGGACUAG